AUGACUGAGAGAAGAUCAUCCGUUAAGGACCUACAGACUCAGAUGGGGCAAUUGGCAACUCAGAUAACAACCCUUCCUCAAGGAAAUUUGCCUAGUACAACUGAGGUAAAUCCUAAGGAAAAUUGCAAGGCAUUUACCUUGAAAAGUGGGAAGAAGUAUGAAGGGCCUAAUGGGGGACAACCAGUGGAAGAAGAGAUUCAGGAUCAACCUGUGCCAUCAUCAACAGAAAAGAAGACUACUAAAAGUCUUGCACCAGAACAAGAGACUCCACAAAUUAGUAUAGAUCAUCAUAAACUUCCUCCUAAACUCAAAGAUCCUGAAAGUUUCACCAUUCCUUGCACUAUUGGGAGAAUAGAAGGGAUAAAUGCAUUGUGUGAUUUGGGGGCUAGCAUUAACUUGAUGCCUCUGUCAGUUUUUAGAAGAUUGCAGUUGGGGGAAGUAAAGCCAACCACGGUAACCUUUUAA